AUGAGAGUUUUAGAACUUUAUUCAGGAAUUGGUGGAAUGCACUAUGCUUUUGAAAUAGCCAAUGAAGUAUACAAGCACAAUUUUCCAUCAACAAAACUAAUCAACAGGAACAUCGGUUCACUGACAGUAAAAGACAUUGAAGAUCUAAAGAUAGACAGUAUAUUUAUGAGCCCGCCGUGUCAGCCUUUUACCCGAAACGGUCUUCAGAAAGACAUCGAGGAUGCCAGGACGAUAUCUUUUUUCCACAUUCUAGAAUUAAUUCCCCAAUUAAAAAAUUUAAAGUAUAUAUUAUUAGAAAAUGUUGAACCCUUUUCAAAGUCAGUGUCGCGUGAUAUAUUAAUUUCCUGUUUGCAAAAUAUCGGGUUUAAUUACCGCGAGUGUAUUUUAAGCCCGAGUGAUUUCGGAGUUCCUAACAGCAGGUCCAGGUACUUUUUAAUUGCGAAAAAAAAUGACUUGCCAUUUUGCUUGUCCAAAUAUUCGUCAGACAUAACUGCUGAUUUAAUUCUGGAACUUUUGCCAAAAUCGCAAAGGUUCAAAACGUUCAAGAACAAACAUCCUGAGUACCUCACAAAUGAUUGCAUUAAAUUGAGCGAAAUUGUCUCCAACUCUAAUGACAUUGACACUCAAGAGUACAACUUACCAGAGUCGAUAUUAAAUAAGUAUGUUAAAGUACUGGACAUUAGAAGUCCAGACUCAAAAGGAUCUUGUUGCUUUACUUCAGCUUAUGGACGUUAUGCUGAAGGAACUGGGUCAGUUUUUUCUCCAUUGCUCAGCUCGGACGUUGAGGAAAAAAUUUAUGAGCUAAAAAAUAAUGAACAAUUGAUUAAUUAUUUGGAUAUUAUUAAAAGUUUAAGGCUGCGUUAUUUUACACCCAGUGAAGUAUCAAGACUUAUGUGUUUUCCUGAUAAAUUUACCUUCCCUAGUACCAUAAGCAAGCGGCAAAGGUAUAAAUUAAUUGGGAAUUCUAUCAACGUUCAUAUUGUUAGUCUGUUAAUUAUCCUUUUAGACUAUGUACCUGAUUCAAAUUUAUAA